GUUGUCUGGCCGCGAGGGCAUCUCGGAGAGGGGCGCUGGACAGCAGUCCCCAGAAGGAGAGGAGCAGGCGGAGGCGCUGAGGGAACGGCGGGAUGAAUGGCGGGUGAGGCCGAUCCCUCUACCGGGGACCACAGGAGGCCUGGGGAAGACCAAAGUAAGAUAAACAUAACCUAAGACAGUGUCCUCAGGACUUAAAUAUGAUGUUGGAUUUAAUCGUGGUUCUUAACCCGAGCUCCACUUCGAAAUUACCUGGGACGCUAUGAAAGAGAUACAGAUGCCUAGCUGCUGCUUCCGGAUAAUUCUGAUUCUUUUGGUGUAAGCCUGCUAGUUUUCUCCACUCAAGACUUUGGGGAUGCUCCCCUGGCACCCCAAGGUGAGGACAUCCCACAGAGAGUGCUGUGUGCUAGCCCAGUAGCAAGGGAGUGAUGACUAGAAAGAAGGAAGACCUGUGAUAAGAGAUGCAGACCCUGAGUCCAUCCAGGUCUCAGAGAUCCAGGAUCCCAGAAACUUCCAGGGCUCUGGCCACAGAUCCCAACUCCUCUGAGCUGUUUGAGAAGUCCUGGCCAUCCAGUUCAUGGACCUCUUCCUCAUCCAGCACCACUGAAGAACAGAUGGGUGCCUCUCCACCACCCACCCUGACUGACAGUGGUGACUCCGUAGUGGCCAAGUUCAUAAACCGGUUCCGCCAGGCUCAGCCCACAAGCCGUGAGGAACGCCAGCCUGCAGGCCCAACCCCUGCUGACUUUUGGUGGCUGCGGCCUGACUCUAGUAGUCACCUUGCAGCAGGAGCCAAUAAACCAGAAGGAAGACUCAACACAGAAGUCCCUACUCUUGCCCAGGUGGCCAGUGCAUCACAGGCUAAGGCUCUGGGCCCCCUUCAGGAAAUAAAGCAGAGCCUCAACACCUGGAACUCAUCCCUCCUGGACCUGGAGAUGCUGAGCCUGCAAAGCAGAGCUGCCAGGCUGCUGAAACACAGCAAGGCCUCCAUCUCCUCCUCCAGCAAUUCCAGCAGUUCCUCACUCCCUGUCAGCUCUGAUGGUCUUUCUCCCUCGUCUGUGACCUUCACCCCUGACUCCAGCAAGGGCUCUGACCCCAAGGCACAUGCAACUCCGGCACCAGCCCCCAUCCCGGCACCAGCCCCCAACCCAGCGCCAGCCUCCAUCUCUGCUCCAGCCCCUCUCUCUGCUCCAGCCCUGGUCCCCUCCCAGGCACCCCUGCGGCCAGAGGAUGACAUUCUGUACCAGUGGCGGCAACGGCGGAAGCUUGAACAGGCUCAAGGAGGUCAGGGUGAUGGAACCUGGGUGCUGCCAGGGACCUCUGCCCUCACCACUCCGGUCCCUGUCCCCAUCCAUGUGCAGACCUCACCUGCCCCUGCAGAGACCCUUGGUUCCCUGGGAACACAGCCUAACUGCAUCCCACUUUGGGGCAAUGUGGCCCGACCUGGUCCUCAGGGAGCCUUCUAUUUGGAGAGGCCGCCUAUUCUCCCAGGGUUCUCUCCACACAUCUUUCAGGACCCCUGCCCCAAUGGGUUUUUCUGGGCCCCACAGACUAGUCCCUGGGUAUCUUUUGGGGGCGUUACCCCCGCGCCUUGGGCCUCUAGCCUUGUGCCCCCUAGUCCUGCACCCCCUACUGCCCCCCAGGGCCCGCUCACCCCUGCAAUAUGCAGCCCUGCCCAGCUCAAGAAGCAGGUCCCCAAGCAGGUCCCCAAGCCUCGGAAGGGUAGAGCCCGGCAUCCAGAACCUGUUGGACGAGUCACAGUGGCUGACCAGGGACCUAGCCCGCAGCUCCGAGGCCCUCUGGGCCAGGUAGUGACCGCUCGGCUCUUCCCAGACUGCCUAGAGGACAUGUCCCCAUCCCUGGCUGAAUCUCCGGAAAUCAAGACCGCACACCCCCAAACCAAGCUUACAAACCCUUGCUCAGAAGUCACGUCCGCUUUAUCUGACUCACGGUUUCCACAGACGGAGACCCCACCUGGCUGGUCUAAGGCUGAGCCUAGAAAUGCCAAAGUCACGCCUCCAGCUGUGGGGUCGGCGCUUCGCAAGGAAGUCCGGCAUCCUCCCCCCAAGGUCCCGCCCCCUCCAGCUGAGGGGGCUUCCACUGGCGUCGAGGUCCCGCCCUCUCAGUGCAAGGCGGGGUCUCUAGAGGCUGUGGUCACCUCCUCAGAGGCUGCUGACCACGCCCCCCGGGAGGACCUGCUCUCCCAGGCCGCCGAGCUUCUGCAGGCUGCUGAAGACUCCGACAGCAGCGAGUUCCAGGAGGACCCUGUACUGCAGGUGCUAAGGGCUCAGAGGGCAGAGCUGCGGCGGCAGAAAAGGCAAGUGGAUGCCCGAUUAUCCCAGCUUCUGGGCCACACUGAAUUCUCGGGGUCUCCAUCUCCUCCAGCUAGGUCACCCCCCAGGUCCCCAAGGAUGAGACUGAGGAGGGAAGGAGCCUCACUUGAGGCCAGAAGACUUUGAAUUGUACAAAUUUUGUUUUUCCCAAUGAAAUGCCCUUUUCGGGUUACAGGUUGUCUCUGAGAAAAAAGUUCUGGAAAGGCCAAGAGUCAUGCUAAUUUUGGGAAAUGGCACACGCACACCCACCUGUCCUGCCCCACCCCAACCUUAGUUCCUGACCUGUAAUAUAGAAUCUCUUCUGGUUUCCACUUCUUUGAGGGCAAGGCAGGAAAGGGGUUCCAGGCAAGACGGGGACUCACCAUAACUCAGGAGUGGAUCCUCCUGUCUCAGAUGAGACCGAAGGGAUUGCCUUCUUUACACAAAACUAAUGGGGUUAUCAGAGUGUUGGACAACGGUUAGUCCUCAGUCCACAUCCUGCUUGAACCCGCAGCAGCUCUGGGUGCAUUGAUCCCUCCUUCCUUGAAGCAUUUCCUUUCCCUGCUGCUGGCAUCACCAAUCUGUCACUUUAGUGUGCCCUGGGGCUCUGGCCUUGACUUCUCUAUCUACACUCAUCCCCAGGUGCUGUUGUAGCUUCAUGGCUCUAGUCCUAUCUCUGUUCUGAUAGUGCCUGAAUGUUUACCUUCAGCCUAGACCUGACCACUAAACCUCAGGCUUCAUAUUCUGCCACCUGCUCACUGUCCUCACUCAGAGGUCUAAGAGAUGUCUCAGACUGCACAGGUCUUAAACUGAGCUCCCGAUCUUCCCCCUAAACCUGCUCCUCCCUAACUUUCCUCAGCUUCAUCCUCCCUGCUCGCUCCGAAAGCCUCAUAGUCCUCCUCGACUCCUCUCUUUUCCUCACACCCACAGUCAGUGGACCAGCAAGUCCUAUCAGGUCUACCUUAAAAAUCUAUCCAGAAUUUAACCCCUUCUCCUCUGUCCAUGGCCCUCACCCUAGUCUAGGCUAUCCUUCUCUGUCUGGACUAUUAAAAACUGAUUGUUUUGUCAGCAAGUUCUUUGAAACAUUUCCUAUCCAAAAGUAGAAUCUAGGUUUCUUCUUGAAACUGGGUAGAACUUUGUGACCCCUCCAUAAACAGAAUGCAGAGGAAGUGAUACUACUUUAAAUUUCUA